CACCUUCUUUUGAUAGUCGCCAUCUCUUUUCACGCCUCAGGGCGGGAGAGGACUCUGGAGCCUCCAGGUCUCCGCGGUGUGACAGAGGGCGGGGCCUGGAGCCUGCGCUGGCCGGGAGCGGUGGCCGAGCCCCUGCAGUAGGAAAGAAAUAUUCAGAUUCACUCAGAAAUUUUCCCAGAUUCACCAUGAUUAUAUCAGAGUCACCAGUGGACAGGUGAUUCCUGAGCUGCAAGACAAGGUCUUUUAAGACUCCUGUCUUCCAACUUUCUGUGUUCUGGCUUCAUAGUUUCUGUCCUUUCCCAAGAGAAGCAGAAAAUGAACAAGUAUCAGGGACCAGUCACAUUCAAGGAUGUUACUGUGGAAUUCAGCCGGGAAGAGUGGCAGUUAAUGAACGAUGCUCAGAGGACCCUAUACAGAGAAGUGAUGCAAGAGAACUAUGGUCUCCUAGUCUCAGUGGGUUACCGUGUGAAUAAGUCGAAUGCAGUCUUCAAGCUGAAACAAGGAAAAGAACCGUGGAUAUUGGAAGUGGAAUUUCCACAUCGGAAUUACCCGGAAGAUCUCUGGAAAAUUCAUGACAGAGAAGCAAAAUGCCAGGAAAGCCGAGCUGAAAAUUCAAGGAAUGGAGAACUCACAAAACACCAGCAAACUCAAGCCAGAGAGAAAAUCCAUAAAUGCAAUGAAUGUGGAAAGUCCUUCUGCCAGAAGUCUAUCCUCGUAAUACAUCAGCAUAUUCAUUCAAAGGACAAACCCAGGGAAUGCGGGGAAUCUGGCUCUAGAAAUGGAGACCACACAGUACAACAGAAAACUCCCACCAGAGAGAAAACCUAUGAAUGUAAAGAGUGUAAAAAAACUUUCUAUCACCUGUCAUCUCUUAGUAGACAUUUGAGGACUCAUGCAGGGGAGAAACCCUACGAAUGUAAUCAGUGUGAGAAAUCCUUCUACCAGAAGCCACACCUUGUAGAACAUCAGAAAACACACACAGGAGAGAAACCCUUUGAGUGUAACGAAUGUGGGAAGUUCUUCUAUGUUAAGGCAUACCUCAUGGUACAUCAGAAAACACACACAGGGGAGAAACCGUAUGAAUGUAAGGAGUGUAGGAAAUCCUUUUCCCAGAAAUCACACCUCACAGUACAUCAGAGAACACAUACGGGGGAGAAACCUUACAAAUGUAAGGAAUGUGGGAAAUUCUUUUCUAGAAAUUCACACCUCAAAACUCAUCAGAGAACUCACACAGGAGAGAAACCCUAUGGAUGUAAGGAAUGUGGGAAAUGCUUCUACCAGAAGUCAGCCCUCACAGUACAUCAGCGAACUCACACAGGGGAGAAACCCUUUGAAUGUAAUAAAUGUGGAAAAAACUUUUACUAUAAAUCAGACCUCACUAAACAUCAGAGAAAACACACAGGGGAGAAGCCCUACGAAUGUCAUGAAUGUGGUAAAUCUUUCUCCGUGAAUUCAGUCCUGAGAUUACAUCAAAGGACGCACACAGGAGAGAAACCAUAUGAAUGUAAGGAAUGUGGGAAAUCCUUCUCUCAGAAGUCACAUUUUAUCAUACAUGAGAGAAAACACACAGGGGAGAAACCCUAUGAGUGUCAGGAGUGUAGGAAAACUUUUAUUCAGAAAUCAAAACUUACUGCACAUCAAAAGACACACACAGAGGGAAAAAGCUGAAAAAUAGUAUGUAUUGGGAACUUCUUUUAGAAAUCAUCCUUUAGAAUAAUUGAAUAAUUCACACAAGACAAAAAGCUUAGGAAUAUCAUCUAUCUCAGAAAAUUUUGGUCACAGUCUGUCUUGACAGAAAACAAAAGACACAGAAAUUCUUUAGAUCUAUAAGGGAGAGAUUUUGACAGCAUGUUAGACUUAACUAAGUACCAGACAACUGACAAAUUAUAAAAUAUGAGGGAGACCAUUCUUUUAGAAGUCAUACUAGAUUGCACAACACAGAAAUCACAUGAGAGAAAUCCUAUAAAAACAAAUGAGUAUCAGGAAAUUUUCUGACAGGGCAGCCAUCAGUAGAUAGCCAAAGCUCACCUGAGAAGCUCCUAUCAGUCCCCUUCCUGAGCAUUCAGAAACCUCUGACACCAGGUGCACUUGGAGCACUCAGAGGUGUAACUGCAUAAACUGCAACACAUACAGAAGCCUGUAUGGAGAAGCGCUGCUUCCGUGAACUGCAGAUCCACGAUGCCGGGCUAGAACCUUUGCAAGCGUUCCAAAUAUGUGUAAGUUUCUUGACAAAAAUUCAAGGAGAAUCUGUACUGAGUGGGGUUAAUAGAUAUGCCAGAAGUCAUGUUGCAGCAAUUGGAUUCUGAGGGGUUUUCUUUGUUUUUUGAGUUUUUUUUUUUUUAAAGAAACCUACCAAUGUCUAGAUAUUUGAAGCUUUUUAAAAAG